AUGAAGAAUGAUCUCCAGAAGACCUUCGGCGAAAUUUUUAAUAACGAUAUUGACGCGUUCCGUAAUCAACUUUUAGAGAUCCAAAAAUAUCAAUGUGACCGAAAGGAGUCUGAAAAGUGGGUAGAAAACCUGCGCUUCCUCGACAUAUCAAAAGUUCCAGACUUGCAAACCGAACGGUUAAAGCAGGAACGUCUUUGUUCUCGGUCAGAAAAGAAAGAUCCGCUCUUUGAAAGAAUACCACCAUCCUGCGAUGUUCCCAUAACAGAACGCGAAGACGAUGCGGGCGAUAGGUAUAUUGCCGUGUCGUACAAAUGGCCUCAGGCUCGCCCCAAAUCCGUCUCUAGCACUAUGAACCCGCCUGUCUUCCGCUACCAGGUCAAACGACCAGGUAAAAAGUCCCACAAGAGUGAAUUUUCGGACCAUUAUAUGGACCGGGUUAUUCGAUAUGCACAAAGUGUCAAGAUGACGAAACUAUGGGUGGAUAUAGAGUGCAUAUACCAAAGGCCAGAAGACAAGCGCACUUCGCCGAAAGACCAGGAGCUUGGUGUUCAAGCCAUGGACAUGGUUUACGGUGAUAGCACACAUUCUGUCGGCAUACUAACUGUCGAGAUCCAAGACCAACGCGAAAUUGACAUGCUCUCGAAUCUGCUCUCCAGAUCACUCUUUGUCCAUCCCAUAGACGAGGACGAUCCAAAACUGCGACCUGAGGUCGAUAUCACUGCCGUGCAGAUGCUGAUUCUUCACAUCCUCAGCGAUCCCCGCUGGUCGCGCGGCUGGAUCUUCCAAGAGGAUCACCUUGCUUCUCAGAAGAUGGAGUUGCUCAUCCCAUAUAAUCUGCGACUCGACAAGAGCGGUUUUGACAAUCUUGGGAAAAUACCAGGCGAGCUUCAGGUGAAGCUUAAGGAUUUCCGACAGACUGUAACGUUAUUUUGUCGAGCGUGUACUACGGGUGAAGUACGAUGGCCCUGUACUGAGAUCUUAGCAAAAGUGACGCAGUACAACAUUUGCAACAAGGUCGUUCAUAAUUUGGAAUUCGUAUCGUCAAUACAGCAUGUUCCGCGUCCCUGGGAUGUCGAAUCGAGUUUUGGUAGUGAGGUUAGCAAGUCCAGCACGCAAUCCGACCCCUCUAAGAUCUACUCGUAUCCAACCACGACUGCAAGCGUACUUGAUGACAUUAGCAGCCGCUGCUUAGAGAAAGAGUCGGAUAGGAUCCCAAUACUCGCCAACGCUUUGAAGUGCAAAAAGCGACUCAAUACAGGAGAGGGAUCCCCCUUGGUCGAAUCUGGGACCUACAGUCUUUCUGCCGCACUUCUCACCCUUAUCUUGAUAAACGGAGAAAUAUUCAAGAAUGUCCCAGGGCUUCCAGUCACAUGGCCUUUGCUCGAUCGCUCAUCUGAAUUUCCUACUGAAGCCAACAUUCUAAGCCACACUCUACCGUCGUACCUCAACGCUUGCCAAUCUCUUUUUACCGCCCCGGGCCGGAUACGUCAUCAAACUUUUAUCGAUCGCUGUCGCUUCGUAUCGCCAAUCAUCACGGGCCGUGGAAUUGAGACAAGAGGAUACCUUUUUGACUUGAUAUCCGACGAGCAAUUGGAUGAUGAAGGGACUCGGUCUGAUCUACUUCUUCUUUCAGAGUUAGACAUGAUGAAUUUGUCGGCCCCAGAGCGGAAGACAGGAAGGCGCAAACUUGACGACGUUGCUUGCCAGGUGCUGGAAAUACUUAUGGACAGGCUGGAGAGAUCGUGGCCGAAUAGUAAGCUUGUCAGUCAUAUGCGCAAACAUAUCGAGUUGGAUCAGCACCCGCCACGCCAAGGAGAAGGUUAUGCAUCUACAUCUUAUGUACUGGAUAAUAUGUAUGCGAUCUAUCGCGCUCUCGUAGACAAGAAGGAGCUUCGCCUGGCACAACUUGCGUCCGCGCGCUACGAUGCAGAGCCGGUCGCUCUCUUCAUCCAGCCUGGGCAGUAUGUGGGAACCAGUCAGUCAACUGGUUAUUUCCCUCACGAAGAACCAGUAAAGGUUUUUGCAAGCUUCGACAACGGCCGGCAUGAUUACGAUAAAGAGCGGCUGGUGAGCCUGAAGGUUGAGGUGUGCGAUGAUACUGGCGUUACAAAAAACCGGGACCAACGGCAUCGCUGUCUGAGAAACUUGGGUUGGGUCAAUGGUAUUUGGACUGUUCAUGGCGAGAAGAUGGAGACGUUUGUUUUUCCAUUGCCGGGAAUUACGAAAGAGGGUGGUGAUGAACGAGAGGUGAAGAGCAAUGCGGGAAAGAAGAGAAAGAGAGAAGACAUAAUGACUAGAUGA